AAGAAAAAUAUUAUAUAUAUAUUAGACAAGUAGUAGUCGUAUAGUGUAUGAGUAAUACAGUAUAGAAGUGUAUGAGUUAUUCGGUGUAUACGUGAGUCAAACCUCUAAUACAGACAUUCAUUGAUAAUAAAUAAAAAGUUGUGUCAAACAAAAGCCGGGACUACUAGAAACCCGACUAUCCUUUUAUAUACGUUAAUGUGUAGACCCUAUCCAAACAAAUCAAUUUAAACCCGAUUUAAACGGGACGUAUAGAGUACCGAAAGUGUAUCGGGUUUAGCGCAUAGAUCCCGUUGUUUGGAUUUUCAAGUCCUGGUUUCAUAUCAGCUGUUUUGUUGGUGAAUGUGAGGUCGGUUUAGAUCAAUAGUAGGUGUGUAAUGUAUGCAAUAGAUUCAGAAGUGGGUCUCAAUUCGUAUCUCAACAACAAAUCGGUGCAAACUAUGGCCAAAAACGGCGCAAAGCAGCCACUGGUGGAUAACAACAACCGCAAGAAGUCUUCACAAACAGUGCGCUACAGAUCUCAGUCCGUUGAAUACGACGGCGGCGUCUUUGACAUCGAUAUGGACAUCGAUGACGGAAACGCUUUCGACUCGAUCUCCUACUCCGAUGAUGACGAGGAAGAAUCGCUGGCCAUUAGGUCUACAAACAGUGAUUAUCAUAGUUAUGGUAACGGCAGAGCCGUGUCCGCACCCAACGCACAAAAGAUAAAAAACGCACAGAAAAACAAUGGCCAUCAUAUGGCCUACUCGUUGCCCAUUCAGAUACAGGUGCCAAAGUGGAGGACCUUUUAUAACAACCAAAACAUCGAUGAAGAAGAAGUGCCAAUGAAUGCCGACGGAGAAGCGAUUGCCGAAAGCAUUAAAAAAUUGGCUAAAAGUGUCCGAAACGAGUCGGACAUAUUUGGUGACCGACCGCGACGUCGCCUUAAUACCGGAGAUCUGAUUAAGUCUCGUCCCAUUUGAUUAAAGUUUCGCUGAAUUUGAUCCCAUUUGAUGUUAAUAGUAUAUGUGUGUGUUUUGUUGAAUUGGCACCACUUAAAUGAUAUAUACAUAAAAAUAUAUUGGCUUUCAAGCCCUUUCCAUCCAUUAAGUGAUUAUUAAUAUAAGACAUAGUAAUUCAAACUAUUAAUAAUAUUAUAUUG